AGCGCGUAUCCCUGGAAGAUCUCUAACAAAUUCAGAAAAAGCCACUUCUGAAAAACGAAUCUUUCGAAAAUGGUCAAGGAUAGCUUCUCAGAGGAUGGUUUCAUCAUCGCUUUCACGUUCUCAAUGCUCAUUAAUCUGUUCGGUAACAUUCUAGUCUGCCUAGGGGUUGUGGUAUUUCGAGACAUGCACAUUCCAAUGAAUUACCUCCUGGUAAAUCUUGCAGUCAGUGAUAUGAUGGUUGCAGUCUUUAUGUCUCCGAGGUUUGUCUUCAGUCGGACGCUGAACCACCCCAAAGGGACUCUCGGCGACUACUUGUGUAAGAUCCUUACGGGAGAUUCCCUCACCUGGACAGGUGCACUGGCUUCAGACUUCACUCUCGUUUGCAUCGCAGUUGAACGAUAUCUCGCCAUCAACUUCCCCUAUAACGAGACCAAAAGGCUGACCACUAAGAAACUGAGAUACGUCAUACCACUUUGCUGGAUCUUUGCCAUCGGGAUUAACCUACCGGCCUUUAUGUAUCUCAAAUACGACGAGAACUCUGAAAGCUGCGUCCCAUUUUGGCCAACGCCAAACUUUAUAAAAUACCACAGCGUCAUAAACGGCCAAAUUUUCUUUGUCUACCCUGCACUGAUCAUGGGGGUGCUCUACGCUCUCCUGAUUUAUCAACUGUGGUUUAAAAACACAGCCGCAACCACAUCUGUGUCUCAACAAGCAAUACUCAAGAAUCGACGUUACUCCACCAAGAUGGUGAUCACAGUGAGUUUGAUAUAUUGUAUUUGUUGGUUCCCAAACUGUUUUGCUUACAUCUACGUGGCCUUCUCGGCGAAGCAGUUGUUCGGGGAGAUACACGUGGCAUCGGUGCUGAUGGUUUCUCUUAACUCUGCCGUCAAUCCGGUGAUUUACAGCUUGCAGAGUCAUCGAUUCCGCCGCCAUAUGGCAGCACUUUUGAAACGAUGCCGUCGCAACAAAGUUGAUGUUCAUUACAAAAGCACUGAAACAAACACUGUUGAAACCUCUGCAACGUAGAAAUUCGUAGACAUUUCAACUCUCCCGGGAGAAAGAGAAAAAAGUCCGAGAGAGGGAAGGAGGGAAAAUGUUCUUUUGACUCGGCUUCAGUCGAUUUGGAAGACUGAUAGCUACGCCUUCCCGGUCACAAACUGUGAGUAGGGUUUCGUUAGCGCAGCGACAGGAGCGGCAAAGCAUGCGGGCUUCGAGUUCGUGUGGGGUCUGCAAGAAGAGAUAUGCCAGGGUUUAGGUUUUCAUUGUUCGCGCCAUUGUUCUUUCCCUUACACAUCUAGGCUGACCUUCCCAUAGUUAGUGCUUCUUUGACUCGUCCCCUUCUCCCUCGUACUUUUUGCGUUCGAACAGAGUGCAAACUGGGGCGUGUCAGGGUCCGCUUAGUGGAAUACAGCACCAGUUACUACCAAAUCAGGUA